AAGAUCCGUUAUUCUCCGAAACUGAAAGUCUGAAACUCAAAGCUCUCUCUCUCUCUCUCUCUUCCAAGUUCCAUGGCUGGUGAAACGCAACAUUCCGAUUCUCUCUCUUCCCUCAUCGAAGAAGGAGAUUCUCGAUCUCCACCGGAGAUUGUUUCCUCUGAUCGCAAACAAGAUUUGAUUGUUCAACAAGAUUCUUCCACCAAAUCUUCUCCGAAGGAGGGUUCCGAUUCUGCUGCUCUGAUUCCCAAUUCCGAAGUCCUAAUUGGCGACGAAUCCAUUUCCAUUUCCGAUCUGAUUGUGAAGAAGAAUGGAAAAGAAACCUCCUUUUCCGAUUCCAUCCCCAAAGAAGAAGAUCAAGAAUCUUCGAAACUCAACGGAGGAGGUUCGAUUGGGAUUUUAGGGUUUUCUGAAGCAGACAAGAAGCAAGAAUUCGGGAAAAAGAGAGAACUUCAAUUGGGAUCAAAUGGUUCUUUGGAGAUUCAAGUGAUCGACGAAACGGCGUUGAUCGGAUCAAUUUCGAUGCCGAAACUUGCAUUCAAGAAGAAUCCUAAAGAAGAAGACACGGCUGAGGAUAAGAAGAAUAAGAAGAACAAGACGAAGAGGGAGACAAUGACGAGAAGAAAGGAGAAUGGAGGAGGGAAAACUGGGACAACGACGGAGAAAAAGAAGAAGAAAGAGGAAGGGAAAAUGAGGUACUCAAGGGAAGUAAUGGAGGCUCUGAGGUUUGUGAAUAUUGUGGAGCAGAGGAGGAUGUGGAAGGACGUUCACAUUGGGCUCGGUCCUCUUGUCGGAAAGGAGUAUGAUUUCCUCCUUAGCUCUAAGCAGCAGAACAACAACAUUCAAUUCAUCUUUCCUCAGGCCCAGGAAAACAAGAAUCAUUCCUCUUCGGAUUCCGGUGUUCUCGGCGCAAGGGGCAGAUUGAACCAUGUGAAUGUCUAUGCGCAUUGAAGAAAUGCCCUGAAGCAAUCCGGAAAAAGAGCUCAUAUCCAACAACACCAAAGUUGAGAUAGAUCUCUUUAUCUCUGUGAUCGAAGCACAUGUAGAUGUUGACUGUAGCAGUGUAGUCAUUGUUCUUAGAAAUCCUUGCUCUCUACACCAGUACCGUAGAUAGUAGCACUGUUCAUAGCAAUUCUUUCAUUUGUUUUGUGGCUUUAGAGAAAGCAUACUUGCUUGACAUUCUUUCGUAAACGAACAAUAAUGAAGCGAUGGUUUUCAGCACAGCUUAAUUUCCCAACUACUGUGUAGUGUACUUGUAUGUGACUAUUUUUGGUAAAAUCUUGUCCA